CAACCUGCACAGCUACAGCCGCCGCCGACCGCUCAGCCCAUCCCCGUGUCCGUGCUUGUACCGGUGCCCAGCUCGCAGACCAACCAGCUGCGCCAACAGGAGCAAACGCCCCAACCCCAAUCACCGGCCACCGCGGAGACGAAUGCGAACAACUGCACUGGCGGGAGAGAUGGAAGCAGCAGUGGCGGAAGCAAGACGGUGGCCUACACGUACGAGGCGUUCUUCGUGUCGGACGGCCGGUCGAAGCGUCGAAGCGCGAACACGAACGGGGCGGCGGUGCCGGACAAGGAGGCAGCCCAGCCGGACAGGCCGAAGUUCACGUGCACGGAGUGCGGGAAGCAAUACGCGACGUCGUCGAAUCUGUCCCGGCACAAGCAGACGCACCGAAGCCUCGAUUCCCAAUCGGCGAAGAAGUGCAUCCACUGCGGCAAGGCGUACGUCAGCAUGCCGGCGUUGGCGAUGCACGUGCUCACCCACAAGCUUGCCCACAGCUGCGGCGUCUGCGGCAAGAUGUUCUCCAGGCCUUGGCUGCUCCAAGGCCACCUGAGAAGUCACACGGGUGAGAAGCCUUACGGGUGCGCGCACUGCGGCAAGGCGUUCGCAGACCGGUCGAAUCUCCGCGCCCACAUGCAGACCCAUUCCGCGGACAAGAACUACGAGUGCUCGAGAUGCCACAAGACGUUCGCCCUCAAGUCUUAUCUGAACAAGCACCUCGAGUCCGCCUGUCUACGCGAUGACGAGAUACCGCCACCAUCGCAGCAGCAGCAGCAGCAGCAGCAGCAACAGCAGCAACAAACGGGAGCUACGAACGGUAAUAAUAAUAACAACGCGACGACGCAACACCAGCAGGGCAACAAUCGUAGUUUGUAGCAGCGCUUCGACGACAGGAAGGCUACGAGCAGGCGUCUCGACGCAAUGGCAAGGGAGAGCUAGCGGUUGUUCCCGGCGACACCCGGUUAAAACCGGGGUAUACACGAACGAGAUCGUCGAUGGGGAUGAAGGGAAGAGGAGGUGAAGAGAGGGAGGAAAAAAGAAAAUAAAAGGUUUGCCGUAGGUUUUAAGUAGAAAAGUGCCAGUAGAGAAAAAUGGAGGAUAAUAGAGAGAAGUAACCGAAUGGUAGUGUUGUAGAAGGGAAGUAAGAGAGAGAGAGAGAGAGAGA